GCUAUUGGCUCCAUCCAAGCCAAUAAUUAGGAGUAGCGUGGCGGCAGUCCCGCAGGUGUCUGCAACCAAUUUUCUUCCUCUCCAAAGCUCCAAAACCAUCGGCUUCACUCCUGAAUUUCAAUAUCUUUUCUUCGAUCUUGUUUCUUUAGAUAUCAUCAAGUUGGAAGAAAUGGAACUCAACAGUGGGUUUGUUACCUCCGGCGAAAAACCCACGAUCAUGGUCACAAAUGACGAUGGCAUCGACGCGCCUGGUCUGCGAUCUCUUGUUCGUGUCCUCCUGGCCACCAAGCUCUACGUCGUCCAUGUAUGCGCCCCUGAUUCCGAGAAGUCAGCUGUUAGUCAUAGCAUCACUUGGCGUCACCCCCUCUCUGCCAAACGAGUGGAUAUUGAGGGAGCAACGGCAUAUGCUGUUUCUGGAACUCCAGCAGAUUGUACAUCUUUGGGUAUUUCAGAAGCACUGUUUCCAUCUGUUCCUGAUCUGGUUAUCAGUGGGAUAAACAUGGGUAACAACUGUGGUUAUCACAUUGUUUACUCUGGGACGGUUGCAGGUGCCCGAGAGGCCUUCUUUAAUGGCAUACCUUCUGUCUCUAUAUCAUAUGACUGGGUUGGAGGUCGGAGCAAUAUUGAUGAUUUCACACUUGCUGCUGAAGCUUGUGUACCUAUCAUUAGUGCAAUAUUGGGCUCAAUCAGGAGUAGAACUUAUAAUAUAAGAUGCUUUUUAAAUAUAGAUGUGCCAACCAAUGUUGCUAACCAUAAGGGGUAUAAGUUGACCAAGCAGGGUAAAAGCUUUUUCAAAAUGGGAUGGAGGCAAGUUACUGAUGAACAGCAAGGGGCCAAGAUGUUAUCAACAAUGGCAAUGGAAACAGAAUCAGCAGCAGUGACAGAAACUGAUACAUCAACCACAUUGCAAGAGAACCUCUUGUUCAAGAGAGAGAGUGACUCUGGUGCAAUUUCAGGUGUCACCUUAACAAGCACUUAUCCAUUGGCAAGUCACAUAAUUACUCUUUUGUCUCUUCUUUUAUUGUGUUAAUUUCCUCUUACAUCUACAAGAGCUUCUGUAAAUUCGGUUAAACUUCUUCUUCAGUGAAAUUGUGAGAAUCUGAAUAGUCGACGUGGAGAGGCUGUUUACAGGUGCACCAUCCCUCACCUACCGCCUUUCAAUGAAAUAAACUGAGCAGCACAUGUCACUUGGUGGAGCUACAUUGCUGUCCUUCUGAUGUGCAUGUAUUAUACAUAUUGAUAUAGACUGCUGGAUGGCAUCCUCUGGAACUGUCCACUAAAAGGAUGUGUUGGGGAUCUUAACACAUAAAAGCCAUCCUGUGUGCCAGGUGUUUUAAGGAAGAAAGAAUCUGUUGUUCAAAAUUAAAUUACUUCUAGUUUUAGUUGUUUGGCUGUUAGGACUAAAUUCUGUCAAGUGUAAUGUAGUUUUAGAAGUUGACUAAGUCUAGACAAGUCUAGAGAAAUAAGAUUAGGCAGUUAUAGCAGUUACUAUAGGCAGUUGUAUCAGUUACCAUAUUCUUCCAAGAGCAGAAACUUCGUAUAUUAAGCAGUUGUAGCAGUUACUUCAGCAAUUGUAACAAUUACUAUAUUUUGCCAAGAACAGAAGCACCUAUUCCUGUUUCUUCCCAUGAAUGAUAUAGACAAGAUUGUUAAAGUAUUCAGUGUCUAUUUACUCGAGAAGUUUCACGGUUGUCUCUUAAUGAACUUAAUUUACACGGAAAAUUGGUAAAGGCAGGAAAUCAACAAACAAAGAAGUCUCUGCAGAUUUCUAUUUAAACUGACUCAUAACUAGAGAUAUACGAGUCGGGAACAUAAUAGUAUGUCAUCUAGUGAGUUCCUGUUCUUCAUUGUCAGUAUAUAUACGUAUGCAUUGUCUGAAAUAGUCUUUUUGGAAAAUCAGUAAAAUAUGGUACGAAGCAAAUGGAAAA